CACACUCCCAAAUUACAGCAAUGGAAUGAAGCCGGGGCUCUUUGCCUUGCAGAGCACUUGUAUUUUCCCCUGCUUAGACGAUCGGAAAGAUUCCUCCUGUGGGCUUGCAUCAUGGAGGCUAGCAGUCAAUCCAGCAGUCAACAGAUAUUGUGGAAAGAUGUUGAGGUGGGAAAAGAGAAGAAGGCCAAGUACCACACCUACCAGCGAGUGGCUCUGGCUCUCGCUCUGGUCUUCCUUGUUUUGGCUCUCUGUGUUUUCAGCCUGAGAUAUCUCUGGAGCCCCAGUCUGGGGAAGGUGUAUGACCAUCAGUACAAAGCUGUGUUGGAUGGUGUGGAGACAGACAGCAUGAUGGAGAUUGACCCAGGACAGCGCAUUGAAAUCUUCAGAAUGGGAAACGGCAGCGAGGAAGUUCUUGAGGUUCAUGACUUCAAAAAUGGAAUCACUGGGAUCCGGUUUGCCGAACAUCAGAGGUGCUACAUCAGGACCCAAACUAGGAAACUACCCACAGUGGCAGAGGUGGAGGCUGAGGACACAGAGUUACCGCAGGUGGAUGAUACCGAGGCCAUGGAUAUGAAGGUGGAUGACUCCCAAGUGUGGGUUCCUGCCGAGGAACCCAUCGUUAACUCAGCCUUCCUCUUUGACUCCAAGAUCUGGGAGAUUUGCCAGGAGCUGCCCAUCCACUGGAUCCAUCCCUCCUCUCUGAGCGAUUCUGAGCUGGAAAAUGUGGACACACCAGACGCAGAGGUCACAGGUCACCGUUUCACCCGCGACGUCCUGGACCACGCUCCCGUAAACGACUAUAGAGACGUCGGAAUCGAGCUGGAUAACCGUCUGGAUGACAACGGCUACUGCUGCCAGCACUGUCGCCGUGGUUACCGCUUCUGUCGCCGCUACCACGAGCCCCUGGGUGGCUUCAACCCAUGGCCAUACUACUACCAAGGAGGUCGGGUCAUCUGUCAGGUUGUCAUGCCGUGCAACUGGUGGAUCGCACGUAUGCUGGGGAGGAUCUGAGGAAAGGGUGUGCUGUCUGGGAUUUAAAGUGUUUAUGUCACAAAUUUUCCCUUUGAUAAAUAUCCAAGGCCAAAACAGUGCACGGCACACAAUUAUUAACCAAUCUGAAAGUUAUCUUAUUGAGAUUUAGUCAGUCUGAAAAGUCUAAACAGCAUUUAAAGCAUUUUGAAUCCUUCUUAAAAGGCAUUGGUUGUUAAAGGCUGUCUAAUUUUCCCUUGCUUAUCUACCCGUUUAGUAUCCUUGCUAUUUGAUCCUGUUGAAUGGGUGUAAUUUAGUUUGGAAGAUGUUGCCAGAAACUAAUCUGCUCUAAAAAGAAAUGCUUCAGCAGUGUGUGUCCUUUUACUUCAUUUGUUAAAAAGACAUCUUCUACUAAUACUGUAAUGUAAGAACAUGUACAUCUGUAGUGGUGCUAUUAGUCAUUCACCUUUAUAUUUUCUCUUAGUUUUUGUAACAAGUUUUUCAUUAUUGCUUGUAUAACUAGCAGAUGUACCCACCACAAAAUCUCACAAAAAACAGUCAACAUUGGCACAGUGUCUUUGAUGCGCACACACACACACACAAAUGUAAAACUAUGUAAUGACACCAGAUACAUAAUGUAAUAUUAGCACACAAUUAUAACAUUAACAUUAUGAAGGG